UCUUGAUUACAGUUCAACAUGGCUCUCGCAGCUCUGUCCACGGCCUUCUCGUUCCUGAAAGCAGCGAUGAACAAGAAGGAGCUCCUUGCGACGGGUCAAGCAGGGGACGGGCGAGAGAAAGCUCUGCUCGACCAUGUCCUCACAACAGCUGAAAAGGGCAAUCCCCUUUCCGUCUUAAAUGUAAUGGACGCUUAUGCAAAGACCUCUAGCUGGUUCAUGAACAUUGGUGACGACAAGGGGCCCAUUUUAGAUAAGGCCCUUGAGAAAUAUAGUCCAAGGAUAGUUCUUGAGCUCGGGACAUUCUGCGGGUAUUCCGCUGUGAGGAUUGCUUCGCAGUUGCACAAGGAGGGCAGUAAGCUUCUCACACUCGAGAUGAACCCAGAUAACUGCAAGAUCGCCAGGCAAAUCAUAGAGCACGCAGGGCUAUCAUCCAAAGUGGUUGUGGUGGAAGGGAAGUUCAACGAGCGUUUUGAACUAGCCAAGAAAUUUCUGGAGGAGAUGAAUUCCCGUCAUUUUGAUUUCGUUUUCAUUGACCACUGGAAAGACCGCUAUAUGCCAGACUAUCUUAUCUUGAAGGAAAAUUCUAUGCUGGGCAAUGGCAGCGGAGUAUGUGCAGACAAUAUGGGGGCUAUCAUGGGACCCGCCGACUUCAGGAAAUAUGUGAAAACGCAUCCAGAAGAACUUGAGACGUCUGAAUUCAAAAGCAAUGCUGAGUACCUAUGGUGGUUCCCAGACAGCGUCACUGUUUCUACCUUUAAUCUACCAAGUUUUAGUAAAUAAUUCAUUACGGUCCACACUUUAUGUAUUGUGUUUGUCCUUAACAAACAUGAAGUGCGACCUACUUUUUAAGGCUGGCAAUGGAAAGGGACUUGCCAUCGUAAAAUCAAACAUGAAGUGCAACUUUGGUGGUUGGUGUAAUGUGAAAGCAAAGUUUAUGUUAUAGGUAAUUUAGUUCAAAUUUUUCAGGGAAGAACACUAG